UUUCUCACGUAUUAAUUAAAAGUAGCUACUUUCUCAGAAGUGGACAACGUUGAUAAUUUGGCGGGCGUUAGUGGUUUGAAAAAGAGACAUGAAUAAUUUCCAAAAAAUUGAAAAAAUAGGUGAAGGCACUUAUGGAGUAGUUUAUAAAGCUAAAAACUUGUCCACCGGACAAAUAGUUGCUAUGAAGAAAAUUCGACUUGAAUCAGAUGAUGAAGGAAUUCCUUCGACUGCUAUAAGAGAAAUAUCCUUACUAAAGGAACUUACGCAUCCAAACAUUGUUUGUUUAGACGAUGUUGUAAUGGAAGAAAACCGUUUAUAUCUAAUAUUUGAAUAUUUGUCAAUGGACUUAAAAAAAUAUAUGGAUUCGAUUCCUCCUGAAAAAUAUAUUGAUGAAGAACUUGUGCGUAGCUAUUUAUAUCAAAUUACUAGUGCUAUAUUGUUCUGUCACCGUCGGCGUGUUCUUCAUCGCGAUUUGAAGCCACAGAACUUGUUAAUUGAUAAAAAGGGUGUUAUAAAGGUGGCUGAUUUUGGCUUAGGGCGAUCUAUUGGCAUUCCAGUUCGGAUAUAUACACAUGAAAUUGUAACUUUGUGGUACAGAGCACCUGAGGUUUUAUUAGGAUCUCCACGGUAUGCUUGUCCUGUGGAUAUAUGGUCAAUUGGUUGUAUUUUUGCGGAAAUGGCGACUAGAAAACCACUAUUUCAAGGAGAUUCGGAAAUUGAUCAGCUCUUUCGUAUGUUCAGAAUUUUAAAAACUCCUACCGAGGAUAUAUGGCCUGGCGUUACUUCACUUCCAGAUUAUAAGACUACGUUUCCCUGUUGGUCAACGUAUCAACUAAAUAACCAGCUAAAAAAUCUGAAUGAAAAGGGAAUUGACUUAAUAAAAAAAAUGCUUAUUUAUGAUCCAAUUCAUCGUAUUUCGGCAAAAGAGAUUUUGAACCAUUCGUAUUUUGAUGGUUUUAAAAUUACGAUGGCUGCAUAAAAAUAAACGAAUAUAAAAUAUAGCUUUAAAAUGCAUGUCUUAAUUGAAUAUUUGUAACAGUGUGUAGACGACUUAUCAAUUUGUAUCGGUUUGUAUGUAUGUCUAGAAUUUUGAUAAUUCUUUUCAUUAAAAAAAAUAAUUGUUAAAAAAACGUAAAUAUAUUAUCAAUUGCAUUUAUUUUUAUUGUAAAAUAAAACCUGAAAGAUGGGAUUGAGUUUAAUGUGAUGCGGAAUAUUGCACCAUUGAAGUCACCAUAGUAA